CCAUAUAACGCCACAGUGUUAACGUACAGUGCAAUUGAACGAUUUGUUUCUUUCGGCGGCAUAUUUUUUUGCGAACAUGAGGUGGUUCGCUCUUUUCGUGUUUGUUGGCGUGCUUCAAUCUGUUAUUCCGUUGAAAUAUCCUUCGAAUCUGGCAUGGUUAUUCGGUUUGAAUGAUGAAGUGAAAGGAAAUAAGAAGGGAACUGUGUGUCUGACUGAAGAGUGCGAGAAAAUUGCUAAGGUAAUAUUAGAAAGUAUGGACAAAUCUGUGAAUCCGUGCGACGACUUUUACGAGUACGCGUGUGGAAAAUGGUCAGAACAUAAUCCUGUUCCUGAAGGAAGUAGAUCGUGGAGCUUAUGGGAAAUGCUUCAAAACAACGUCGAUCGACAAAUUGAAGAUAUUUUAAAAGAGGGACCCAAGGACAAUGAUCUUCUAGCGGUAAAGCUCGCGAAAAAAUGGUACACAGCUUGUAUGGAUACCGAUGAGAGGGAUAAGCGAGGACUCGAUCCAUUGGUUUCCACUCAAUCGCGUAUAGGCGGUUGGCCAAUGAUAAUGGAUCCGGACGAAUGGGAUGAACAGGAAUAUAGCUGGCAAAAAGUGGACGAUCAAUAUAUGCGUUUGAUGGGAAGAAACGCUUUUCACGACGUAUACGUAUAUGGUUUCAACGAGACAGUAGUAGUACAUGUCGAUACUCCGCAUUUACCUCCGGGUGCAUAUAUACUGUGGUCUGGAAAGACGUAUGAUAGUGACGAGGUAGAUGAUGAUGAUGAUGAUCCGAGUGACGAAGAUCGAAGCGAUGAGGAGAAACAAAGCCACGAGGACAGCCAGGAACCUGGAAACGAAGCGAGUAGAAAUGACGACGACAAUAAAGACGACAACGAUACAAACGAACAAGCCGACGAAGCCAAGAAGAAGAAGAAGAAGACAAAAUCUACUGACAAAUUGCACCACAGGAAAAAUAAAAUAUACAGCGGAAGGAAAGGAAGCAACAAGAUUAUCAACAAACAUAAGGAUGCCGGAAACAAAAAACUUGAAAAACGAGCGAUAACGAUGAAAGUUGAUGAGCAACGAAUUCGUCACAGUAAGUUGAACAGGCGAAAAAACACGAGGAAGGCCUUGGAAAAGACGUCAUCGACACCGCAGUUUACUACGGAAGAGACGAAUGAUGAUGAUGGCAUGAUGAUGACACGGCAGCAAUACGCUGAUUAUAUUUCGAAAGUUGCUUACGCUAUAGCUAAAGAGAGAGGCAUGAAAGUCUCGGAGAGGUAUAUCGAUGCAGAUAUCGAAGACAUGAUCGAGUUCCAAUUGAAGCUAACCGAGAUUGUUAUGGAGUCUGGCGAAGACUUGGAGUUGACACUCGAUGAUUUUCAAGAAUGGUACGACAAAAAGAAAUCUACGACUGACCGCAGUAAAAUUGAUUGGGUACACAAAAUCACGGAAUUGUUCGACGAGGCUAAUGUAGCCGUGGAUGGCUACUUAGAUGUAGAGGUUGGUUCACCGGAUUAUUUUGAGGCUCUUGUGUCUUUGCUGGACGAGACAUCGAGUCGAACAAUCGUGAAUUAUAUACAUUGGAAUUUUCUAAGUAAAAUUAUCAAGACCACCACUAGUGAAAUGAGAGAACUGUACGAUGCAUGGGAAGAAGUUCAUGACGAAGAAAGAGAGCCAAGAUCGUCCGAGUGCAUAAGGGAGGUAGAGAUGAGUGACAUUCUUGCGUACGAGUAUGUGAGAAAACAUUUUUCAGAUGAUAUCACAAAAACUGCAAUGGAUAUGAUCGAUGAUAUACAGAAGGAAGUGGAGUAUUUGAUUAAAGAAUCAGAUUGGAUGGACGACGAUACUAAAGAUUUUGUUUUAGUGAAACUAGUAAACAUGGAUAAAUUGGUUGGAUAUCCAGAUUGGUACAGGAAUACCACCAUCGUGAAGCGAUAUUUUCAAGGACUCAUCAUUGGCAAAUCGUACUAUGAGAAUACACUCAGCUACCUUAGGUACUAUAAAUGGAACAGUCUACGAAUGUUGACGCAAGAUGAUGAGGAUCUCGAUGCAUGGUGGAUCAGCCCAGUAACGCUGAAUGCUCUAUUCGACCCUGAAGGAAAUUCGAUAGCUAUCACGGCGGCGGAUUUUCAAAGCCCAUUUUUCGCUUAUGGCCGACCCCAAACUAUUAAUUUUGGUAUUAUUGGAUUCAUUAUGGCCCACGAAGUCAACCACGGAUUUGAUGACACUGGGCACCUGUAUGAUAAGAAUGGCAACUUUAUGGAAUGGCUAUCUACAAUGGCUGAUGCGUACGGCAAAAGAGCGGAAUGUUUUGUGGAACAAUUUAAUAAUUAUCCUAUCGACAAAAUAUCGAACAAGAAAUUAAAGAACUAUGGUAACCAAACGGCGGGUGAGAAUAUCGCGGACACGAUGGGAUUACAAGCUGUGUUUAGAGCUUAUCAAAGAAGAGAAAGGGAAUGUGGAAAACCGGAUGCGGUAUUGCCAGGUCUGGAAGGAUUCACCAACGAUCAACUUUUCUUCUUAUCCUUUGGCAAUUUGUGGUGCGAAGCAACCGAUUCAACGACUGCAAUGCGAGAUGCCAGGAUGGAUUCACACAGCACCGGGCGAUUAAGAGUGAUAGGGUCUGUUUCCAACUCGGAGAACUUUGCCAAAGCUUACAACUGUCCAGUCGGCAGCGCGAUGAAUCCCGAGAAGAAGUGCAAUAUCUGGAAGUGAUUCGAAUAAUGGUUGAUCUCGUCUCGUCAAAUGCGUUGAAAUGUUUCGGGAAAAUUAUUUACGAAGAGAGACAAUAAUGAAGAAACGCGCGCAACAUACAAGGAGUAGUCUGUUUUUCCAUUGAAAAUUCUCCCACUGACUCAUAUCGAUUGACAGACACAUCAUUGAAGGUUCAGCGACGUGACUCCCGACGUGUUUUCUGACGAAAGAUAUUUAUUUCAACACAGUUAUGCAACGAGUUGAUAAACGAGAGAAGAUAAAGAAGAAAGUAUAUUGCGAAACCUCAAUUAUUUUUAUACCGAUAAGUUACAAUAUUUCGUACAUAAUCUUGUUGUAAGCCACAAUUUUUGUUACAGAGGACUAUACUCGAAUGUAUCGAGUAAUGAUAUGUUUGUAUCGGCAGAGGAUCCUUAUAUCCUAUUGUAACAAUCGUAACGCGCGUAGUGUAUUCUAACGCGAAAGCCAAUCGUCGCGUUCGUUUUGUCGAGAUAUCAUAAAUGUGUACAAGCGAAAUAUAUGCUUUUCUUCUUGCUUGCGA